GCAAGUCAGUCCCCGACGGUCAGAAACAGCAGUUCCCCUUUGGAAUUAAACACCGUGCACUACGUUUUACCGCAUUAUAUAUUUUAAUGGAAAUUGAAAACGGUUGAGAAAAAAAAUCGCAGCAACAUAUUUAAUAUAAGAAGCAAGUUGUGCGCCUGACGGAGCGCCGGAGCGGUGUUUAGAGGCGCCGGCGAGGUGAGCGGGCAUGUCGAGCGAGGAGAGCUACCUGGCCAUCCAGCGCUACCUGAGCGACGAGCGCGAGCCGUACGCGCCGGGCACGCAGGGCAACGCGAAGCGGAAGAUCCGCAAGGCGGCCGCGUGCUAUGUGGUCCGGGACGGGACGCUGUACUACCAGCGCCGGCAGAAAGGCCUGGACGAGUUCACGGAGCUGGAGGUGGUGCUGCAGGCCGCCCGGCGGAGGGAACUGAUCGACGAGGCGCACGUCGCGCCCGGAGGGGAGCACCAGACCCAGCAGCAGACCUGGGACAGCAUCUCUCAGAAGUACUGGUGGAGAGGGAUCCUGAAGCAGGUGAAGGACUACAUCCGAGAAUGCAGCCAGUGCCGGGAGAAGCAGGAGCGAGGACGCGGUUGGCCGGAGGAAGCCGCGGGGCAGGUCCUUGGAGGAAGACGCGGGAGGCGCAGGGGAGCUGCUAGUCCCAAUACGGAGAACGAGGAGGAUGAUGAGGAAGAUGAUCCCGAGACCCUGCAGUCGCAGUCCUUUGACACAUUGAAGCAAAGGUCUGCCAGAGCAGCUCAGUCUGUUGCCAAGCAUGAGCUCGUCUUCGUGGACAGUAAAGGCGUGGUGAAGCAGUUCCUGCCCAAACACGGGCAAACCAUGCUGGAGAAACUCAACCAGCAGCGUCUCAGCGGUCAGUUCUGCGACAUCACGCUGCUCAUCGAGGGGGAGGAGUACCGUGCGCACAAAGCUGUGCUGGCCGCCUGCAGCGACUACUUCAGUGAGCUCUUCAUCGAGAAGGGAGCCAUCUCCAGCCACGAGGCAGUGGUCGACCUUUCAGGCUUCAGUAAGGCCAGCUUCCUCCCACUGCUGGAGUUUGCCUACACCUCAACCCUAACUUUCAACUUUUGCGUAAUGGCGGAUGUGGCCACCCUGGCACGCCACCUCUUGAUGACUGAGGUGCUGCACCUGUGUGAGUCUGUACACAAGCAGGUGGAGAAGCAGAAGCUCAUGGUUUACCAGCGGGGAGACACCCACACCGUAGUGUCCAGCGAGCCUCAACUCCAGAAAGAAGAGGCGGCGACAUAUAUGGUGACUAUGCAGGACAGCGGUGAGGCUGUAGUCGCCCAAGGUGGGGAGAUGGCAGCUGUCGAAGCCAUGACUGUGCUCUCUCAGGAUGGGGGUACUGCUUUGGCUGUGGUUACUCAUGUUGGAGAGACUGCAGAAGGUGAGACCCUGGCUGUAGUCACUCAAUCUGAGGAAACGGCUCCUGGUGAGACCCUGGCUGUAGUCACUCAAUCUGAAGAGACGGCUCCUGGUGAGACCCUUGCAGUCGUCACUCACGCUGAGGAAACCUCUGCUGGUGAGACCCUAGCAGUGGUCACUCGUGGUGGAGAAGCCUCUGCAGAAGAGGCUCUGGCUGUGAUGUCGGCCUGCUGGCCGGUGGAGACCCAGGCGCAAGUGAUGGAUGUUCAAGUGAAUAUGGAAAGUUCAGAGAAAGGGGAGCCGGUCCAAGAAGCGUUCGUCCUUAGCCUGGAUCCCGGGAAGGCUGUCUCUACGGAGGUCAUGCACCUGUCAGCUAUGGCUCAUCCCACCGUGCCAGAGCAGGAGGGGCCCGUGGCCCCUGAACCACUUCCUGCACCAGAGCCGGACCCAGGGCCACCCAAGCGUAAACGUGGACGUCCCGCUAAGGUUAAGCAGCAGGUGGUGGUGGAGGUUCCGGGAAGUAGUGCUACAGCUGAAGCGGGGGCCGCAAAGGAUGGAGACGGGAGCCCAACAGACAGUACCUACCGAAAGCGCCUGCGCCAACGCUCGCUGGAGGAGGGAGGUUACGUCCGUCUGCACAUGGGCCUGGAGAGACAGCUGCAGGGCAGGAAAGAUCAGAAUCAAGAGUCCAACACCCAGAAGGUAGCCCAGAAGCUCCUGAGACGUGGUCGUAUGAUUCACCCCUCAACAAAGCAGAGUCAAGGAGAGGAGGAAAAACCUGAGGCUGUUCCUGAUUCCGGAGAGGGAACAGCAGUGUGGGCAGGGAUGGAAGCAAAGAUGGAGCUGGAAGCAAAGGGGGUGUCCGUUGAGGCUGGUACGGGGCCAGAAGAGGGCGCGGGGGUUGAGGCAGAGGCUUCAGGAACAGAGCCAGAAGGCAAGGCAGACUGCGAGUACAAGUGCUCUGACUGUGGGCAGGUUUUCCAGCGCCGUUACGCCCUCAUCAUGCACACCCUGAAACAUGAGAAAACACGUGGAUACAGGUGCAGCCUGUGCAGUAAGGAAUUUCAGUAUGCUGCCUCGCUGCGAGCCCACCUCACGCGACACAAGCGGCAGAAAAGCCAGCGAGCAUCGGUGGCGGCACGAGUCCUGGCGGAGGGGAAGGAGGCUGCCGACGGCAGAACGCGGGGCCGCACUAAGCGUGAGUUUGUGUGCGACAUCUGCGGAAAGACCCUGCCCAAGCUGUACUCCCUGCGCAUCCACAUGCUGAACCACACCGGUGUGCGCCCCCACGCCUGCAAGGUGUGCGGCAAGACCUUCGCCCACAAACACAGCCUGAAGAUGCACAGAGCCCUGCACGAUGCGCUCAAGCAGUUCCAGUGCACACUGUGUGACAAGUCCUUCGUCAGUAAGCGGAGCCUGGAGGAGCACACGAGCGUUCACACAGGUGAAUCUAAGUACCUAUGUACCACGUGUGGAAAGUCUUUCCACAGAGCAUCAGGGCUAAGUAAGCACUUGAAGAGACACCAGCCAAAGCCUGAGGUCCGUGGGUUCCAGUGCUCCCACUGUGAUAAGAGCUUCUACGAGGCCAAAGAUCUGCAGCAGCACAUGAACAAGCACCUGGGCUUGAAGCCAUUUCAGUGCCAGGUGUGUGGCAAGUGCUACAGUUGGAAGAAGGACUGGUACUCUCAUGUCAAGUCUCACAGCGUUGCUGAGCCCUUCAAGUGUAACAUCUGCGGGAAAGAGUUCUUUGAGAAAGCCCUGUUCCGGCGACACGUGAAGAAGGCAACGCAUGGAAAAAAGGGGCGAGUGAAGCAGAACUUGGAGAGGGAGUGUGAGCACUGCGGCAGAAAGUUCACACAGCUGAGGGAGUAUCGGCGCCACAUGAACAACCACCAAGGAGUGAAGCCAUUUGAAUGUUUGACAUGUGGGGUAGCGUGGGCAGACGCCCGCUCCCUGAAGCGCCAUGUGCGCACACACACAGGUGAGCGGCCUUAUGUUUGCCCAGUGUGUCAGGACGCUCACAUCGACGCACGCACGCUUCGCAAGCACAUGACCAAGUACCACGGGGACUACCUGCCCGGGAAGAUCAUGCUGGAGAAAGACACGCUGCAGUUCCACAACCAGGGCACCCAGGUGGAGCAUGCCAUCAGCAUCCUGGCCCCUGAACUGCCCCCGGAGCUCCAGCCGGCCCACCCCCAGGCAUCCGGCGAGGAGAUCGAGACCGUACUCAUUACGGAGGAGACAGUCGAGGCGGUGCAGGCGGUGAGCAGUGCUGUGGAGGACUGCAGCGCGUCGGCCAUGUCCACUCUGUCAGACCAGAGCAUCAUGCAGGUGGUGAACUAUGUUCUGUCCCAGCGGGCUGGAAUGUCAGGCGGGCCCAAACUGGACGAGCAUUCGCCUGACGUCAUACAGACUGUUGAGGUAGAAGUGGCCCAUGUUGCUGAAGUGGAGUGACACACAGGAGGUUGUUUUUAGAUACUUCCACUGGUAGCCCAUAUAUGUGACAUUGCAGGAAGGGUACAUGGUGUAUGCAGAAACAGCAUCUUUUCUUUGCUUUUACCCUGUAAAUACAUGUAAAUAGGGCAAUAAUUAAAAUUUAUUUCAGUAUUUUAUGGGGUGUGUACCUGACACAUGCCGGUGUGGUUAAUGUGGAGCACUUGAUUACUACGAGCCAUCCGUAAAAAGAAUGUGCAACUUAAAUUAUAUUUGUCAAAUUAAUAUAAUGAUGACUUUGAGACCAUUUUUCUCUUUGUGCUUUGCCCUGUUUUUUCUACAUUGCCAUAUAGAGAGAAUGUUCAUUUGUUUGAUGCAAAA